AUACGCCUGAUUUUAUUCAUGUCUAGAGCGGUUUUAAAGUAAAUAAUAUUUUAAGUGUUGGUGGUGAUUUAUUUGGUGUUUGAGAAAAAAUAUUAUCGUGUAAUGGCUUCCAUAAUUACUGUGCGUUUAAACAAAGAUUCCUCCCCGAAUUGGGGAUUCAGACUUCAAGGUGGUAAGGAUUUUGGAACCCCCCUUAUUAUUCAAAAGAUAACUAGUGGUACCCCAGCUGAAAGAGCAGGUCUCAUUCCUGGAGACUCUGUAAUCAAAAUCAACAACGUUGAUGUAUUCAACCUCAGACACAAGGACGCACAAGAUGUGGUUGUUCGGGCCGGAAAUAACUUUGACAUGACCAUACAAAGGGGAGGCUCCACUUGGAAACCACAGGUGAUCCCUACCGGGACCUACACUACCCACUCUCCAAACAUCAACAACCUCAGCCCAGUCACAAAAACAUCUUUGCACGCACAGCCAGGGGAAAACAUUGGUGCUAUCGGAACCGGCCACAAUUUGAGUGCCAAGCCAUUUGGUCCACAGUUAAACGGAUCAGUAAACGAAGGUUCAAAAUUAGUAAAUAAACAAUACAACACCCCUUUAAAAUUGUACUCAGAACAGAGUAUAGCUGAAACUUUGUCAGCUCAAACUGAAGUGCUAUCGACAGGAGCUUUAGGAGUUAAUUUCAAGAAAAACGAAAAGGAUUACGAUGCCUCAAAAAGCGCUGUUUUUCAUAUGCUAAAAGAAGCUGAAAACGAACCUAAAGGCCAAGAAGUAUAUAAUCACGCUUUCGGUAGCAGAAGGGUAGCACCGCCGGCUUCUCAGUCGCCAUCAAACGUACCCUUAACCUCGCCUAACGAUCCGCAAAACACGAAAGAUCAACCUGGUGCCACGGUCUGUACAGAUUGUGAACGGGUUAUAGUCGGUGUUUUCGUACGAAUCAAGGACAAAAACUUGCACGUAGAGUGUUUUAAGUGCGCUACCUGCGGCAGUUCUUUAAAAAACGUAGGGUACUACAACAUAAAUAACAAGCUUUACUGCGACAUCCACGCCAAAUCUGCGGCUAUCAACAACCCACCUGCUCCCAAUUUAGUACCAGUCACCGUUCAACCGGGAGGAAAGAUACCUGCUGACGCAAUUUCUGCAGCCCUCUCUACUCACUCUCUUUCAACACCUUCGCCACUAUCACCAAAAGGAAACAGUUUUGCUUCACCAUAUCAAUCCGGUGGCAACAUCUCUGUUCCAAAACCAUUUUCGAGUGUGAGUGCCCCAUUGUCUCCACAUAAUACUUUACCAAGAGGAGCUCCCUUGUCGCCAAGGUCGCCAAUUUCGAAUCCACCAGCACCAAGCUUCAGCCCAGCUUCAUCUGCAGAUUGUAGCGUUCAAAACAUUGUGUGGCCUCCUUUUCAAGAAGAACAAGAACUUCCCACAGCUUGUCCUUUAUUUUAUCCUCCACCUUCCCAAGUUGAGGCACAAAUUCUGGCCAAAAGAGCUGAACUAGAGAGAAACGAGUAUAGCGAUUUGGAAAUUGAAGAAAUGGCUUACUAUCAACAGCCUAAAAUGUCUCUUUGUUCUGAAGAGGUUACCGCUUUUACCGAAAGAAAAAGUGCUACUGAAUGUAUUGAAACAAUAUCGGAAAGUCUAGAAACCCAUAAACUAGUAGAAAACGUUUUAAAAACGAGGCCUAGAUCCCCACCACCUUUAGAUACAAAAAUUCUUUCAUGUCCGGAAUCCAUAGCCAGAAAUAUUACUUGUUGCCAAGGCACAGAUAGUAGUUGUGAGUUAAAAAGACCAACUCAAUAUAAGCCUAAUACUUUGGAAUGCCAAAACCCUGGCCAAGUACCAAACCCAGUUCCUCAAGGAUGGGAAUCAUCAAUGCUUCAGGCUUUAAAAACAUCGUCUGAUACAUUUUCCCAAAUCCCUAGUAAGCAUUCUUCCAGUGCGUUUGCUUCAGCACUUAAGAUUGCUCCUUCUGAACCAUUUACAGCUACAAUGAAUAUUUUAGAACCAGUGCCUUUUCCAGAAAUGACAGAACCCUAUUUUCCUCCUGAGCAUUCAAUAAUAACUGAAACACCUCUAGAGCCUAAAGCCAAACCAGAAAAAAAAUCCGAAUCACUGUUUGUAAAAGCUUUAGUUAUUGCACCUGACAGACCAUUUACCCCAGUGGGAGGUGCUGCGCCAAUUAAGAAAAAGGAAGAAGAUCCCAUUGAUAGGUUUAUAAAAGAAUUGCCAAAACCAGCAGAAAAGCUGACAAUGAGAACUGCUUUAACAACUGCACCUGAAAGGCCUUAUACUCCGUUACUAACGGAAAGCGUUACAACUAAGGAAAUGAUCCAAGAAUCUAAAAUGGACAAAUAUACCGUGGAUAAAACUAAAUUAACUAAACCAAUGGCACCUGCAAUAUUACCACCAACUUUUCAUGCUCCACAGCCCGAAACUAAAGUCAUUAUUAAACAAAUGCCUCCAAUUAUAAUUCAAGAAACAAAAGAGAGAGAAUUCAAAGAUGAAAAAGAUACUAAGCAUGUACGAAUUAUAGAGAAAAAAGAACUUAAAUCCGCCGUUCCCGCAACAAUUUCUAAAAAUAGAAUUGAAUCUGAAGAACCUGCAGUAGCUGUUUCCGCAAAUUUUCCUCCAAUAUUUCAAGGAUUUUCGUGUUCUUUUCAAAAUAAAACUGAUCAUUCCCAAUUUUCAGUUGAGGUUAUUACAAGCCCACCGACUCUAACACCAACACCAACUGAAAAAUCUCAUUCAUCAACUAGUUUACCAAUUAGCGAAGGAAAAAGUGAAUUUAUACAAACUGAAAAUUUAAGAAAAGAAACCACGUUCAAAAAACAAUCUUCAGAAAAAACAGCAAAAACAACUGUUACCUCACAACCAACAGAAAUUGUCAGGCAAGAUGAACAAGUAAUAGUUAAGAAACCUUUACCAUUAGCAUCUUCACUUCAUCCAGUAGGUGGCAAAAUCCCCCAAUAUCAAGUUAACAUUUCAGACGAAGCAGAAGCUGAAAUAAGGCGCAUGGAAAAAAUGGAAAAAGCUCAAAUACGCAUGGAACAACAAAAAUCUUUACAACGUGAAGAAGCGCAGGUUAAAACAACCCUACCAGCAGCGCAACCUCCUGUUGAAACAUUAAGAAAACCCAUAAUUACCAUACAACCAGGUGACACUCAACCAAUGAGAUCACAGUUGUUCAAACCAGUAAUUGAAGAAACACCAUCGAGUAAUACAUUAUCUUCUCGCCCCAGGUCCUCCCCGCGACCCAGAUCACUUACUCCUAGCAUGGUGAGCAAACCUCCAGCGGUUUUACCUUAUUAUCAAUCUAACUUAGUAGCUCAUCAAUGUCCACCAGCAUCGGUAAAUUUGUUGGAUCCACGAUCACGAUCACCAAGUCCUUGUCCAAUGGCUAGAGAAAGAAGCCCAUCUCCUUUGCCUGGAGGUGCUGGUGUCUCGUCAGUUAGACCAAAAUCGCCAGCGGCUGGACCGCCCCCAAAUCCAUUACAGUCCAGUUGCCCAUUGCCUCAACCGAUUGAUUUGAAAGUGCGACAGGCCAAGGAGAGUUUAUCAACUUUUAUUCCCCAAUACAAAGAAAAGAGAGAUUUGGUAGAAAUGGCACAAGGUAUGGAUUUUUAUAAAAGGACCGAAGAGUUGACCCAAAAUAUCGAACAAGAGCAAACUAUACAGACAACUCCAGUUUCACUACCAAUGAAACCACCAAUGCAAGCUCCAAUGCAAAUGUACACAUCUCAAGUACAAAUGCAAAACUAUACUAUUCCUCAGGCCCAAAUAAUUCAGCAAUCCUGCAUUACUUCUCAAGAAAGUUGUGGAAGUAAUAUAUGUCAAAAAAGCAUGCAAAUUCAAAAUUUAGAUCUACAGAAUUUACAAAGCUCGCAUUCCACUGUAAGUCAAACUGCAGAAGGAUCUGUUGCGACAUUAACUUCUAAUAGAUCGCAUCAAGCACAAUUGGACGAUAUGCGAAAAAAACAAUCUCAAAGUGUAAAUAUAUGUGAAGAUGGCAAAACUCAAGUUCAACGUAAAACAAUGGUGACUGAAGAAUAUGAACGAAUUCAAAAAGAACAAGUCAUUGAAAUUGAAAAGAGUGUCACUACCACCAAGAAACAUCCGUUCAGAGACGUGAAGCCUCCUACAGUUGAUCAACCUGGAAUAAUGGGAUUGCACGUUACUAAUCCACAACCACUUUCAUCUCCCUUUAUAAGAGCCGAUACUUUGGGUGAUCUUACGCAAGUGCCUGCACCUAAUUCCAAUCUUAUAUGUCCUCCAUGCACCAAAACUCCACCCUCUUGUUUGCAACAAGCAAAACCUUCUGAACCCGCUCAGCCUUCACUUGCUCCUCCUCCACCGCCCAUUCGAACAGUUUUCGCGCCUGGCUCCCAAGGUCCAAUAAAGCAUGUUAAAGGACCUGGCUCUCAAAAACCCAGCCAAAAUGUGACUAUACCCAAUAUUCCCUCGUCCGAUGUAGGUACUGGUAGCGGUCGUCAAACUGGUGCUAUUGGCGGCCCUAAACGUGGACGCGGUAUUCUUAAUGCUGCCGCCAUUGGUGGCGCUAGAAUUCCUCUUUGUGGUCAAUGUCAUAAACAAGUCAGGGGGCCAUUUAUCACCGCUCUGGGGAAAAUCUGGUGCCCAGAUCAUUUCGUUUGCGCAACUCCAUCGUGCAGACGUCCAUUGCAGGAUAUUGGUUUCGUAGAAGAGAGAGGACAACUCUACUGCGAAUAUUGUUUCGAACAGUACUUGGCUCCUCCAUGCUCCAAGUGUAAUGGCAAAAUUAAAGCUGAUUGCUUAAAAGCCAUUGGCAAGAACUUCCAUCCUGAGUGCUUCAAUUGCGUCUAUUGUGGAAAACUUUUCGGAAACUCUCCAUUCUUCUUGGAAGAUGGCAGCCCAUACUGCGAAGCUGAUUGGAACGAAUUGUUUACCACAAAAUGCUUCGCUUGUGGUUUUCCAGUCGAAGCUGGUGAUCGCUGGGUAGAAGCUCUUAACAACAACUACCACAGCCAGUGUUUCAAUUGCACUAUGUGCAAGAAGAACUUGGAAGGACAAAGCUUCUUUGCCAAGGGAGGACGCCCAUUCUGCAAAAACCACGCUCGUUAAGAACGUUAUAUUAAUAUUAAUAAUUAUUAUUAUAUAUAAUAUUUAUCAAUUGCUUUUUAAUGUUACCAAUUUUUGCUUAUACAAAUUUGUAUAUAUUUUAUUUGUGUAAGGUUUAACUUAAUUAAUGUUACCAAAUUUAAUGCUUUUUAUCAAAACAUAUUUUAAAUUGUAUAUGCUAUUCUAAAAUUAAGUAAUUUUAUUCAAUUAUUCUAUAUAAAUUACUACCAGCUGUAGUAAGUACUUACCUAUUAUUCCUAUUUAUUUAAUAAUUAAAAAAAUAUUUUAAUAAUCUUAUCAAAUAAUUGUGCGCCUAGUCUGUUUGUUUUAAAAGUGGUCUUUUAAGAAGUAUACAAGUGUAGAUAUGAUAUAUAUUUUUAAAAUACUGUUUGUAUUAUUUGUGCCAUUAUAAUUUAUUGAAUGGAUUGUUCGCUAGCCUAUUAUUAUAUAUUUAUUUUAGUUGUAA